CUAUUAGAAUACGCGUUGUAUGCGUUAGAAAACGCAGGGGGCUUAUAACCACUUGAUAUAAACUGUGUUGUAUUCAGAAGAGGGCUAAUCUACAGAAAGCCCAAAGAUGAAGUGUGCACAGUUGCAGCCUCAGGCAUUAUGCACGUGAUAGCCAGCCACACACACUCUCCAAGUCCUCCACCCACAGUCUCAGGGCGGCACUCGCCCCAGCGUCAACGCCGUCAAAAAGACGCAAGCGCCCAAGCCGGAGCCACCGCCGCUUUGAAGCCCAAACACUGAAAGGAGCCUCACCAAACACCCGCUCGGUACGCGGCCUGAACGGUUCGUUGUUUCCUCAAGGUGGGCCGCAAGUGCCUGUGUUUUCGCAAGGUGGUUGUGUAAGCAACCCCUUCAUACUGUCUUUCCAUUCGCUCGGAGUUUGUUUGUUAUGGAUGUGGGCAGGAUCAUUUGGGUCCCACGCGCAACAACCAGUGCAGGCACCACCCUCAGUCGCUGCACAACAUUUAUGCGCACAACCCGACGAUUUGUCGAUUUUAGACCACCUACCACUCCCUUUCGGAUCCUUAUUAGGCCCUGCUGCCUUUGGCCCAGGUGCCGGUGACUUUGGCGCAGGUGCCGGUGACGUUGGUGGCCCAGGUGCCGAUGACUUUGGCCCAGGUGCCGGUGACGUUGGCCCAGGUGUCUUUGCAGGUGCCUUUGGGGCACCUGCCAUUGCCAACUCUUCACGUGGGAUCAAUCCCUCGAGACGAAAAUAGUAAGGCUUGAUGCCUGCAACCCGUGAAGACACUGGUAUACUAGCGAAAGCCAUAAGGAGGGAGAGAACCGUCGUAAGCCGCAUCUUGUAUUUUCCAAGCGAAUGUGGUGGUAGUGAAUGUGGUGGUAGUGAAU